GCGAGGCCUUACGAAAGGCUCAGCAACAGCGUGGCACCCCGCGCCAAGUACAGGCAGCGGCCCUGCCAAGAGCGCGAGACUGCAAGGUUACGGAUAUCUUCGGCCACAAUGUCUUAGCUAUAGGAGCUGCUGCCAAGACGAUCUCCAAGCCAAAGCCGGAAGAAGGCGCUCCGGGCAGCACCCUCCAGAGGGUGCCCACGCGCGUCCGCUUCGGCGACCAUGGGGAGCCCAUAGAGGUGGUUGAAGCCCGGCGAGACGGAGGAGAUCUUCCCAGGGAUUUCUGGGCUUCCCAGAGUGGCCUCGAGUGGACGGACCUCCGUGGAGAGCGUGUUCGAACGCAGGUGGUCCACGUCCUUGCCUCAGACUCGCUGCUACUUGGCUUCAGGCGUAUCAGAGGAGAUUUUUCGCACCUGAUCAACUUGCAGCUGCUCAGCUCCACCAGCUGCCCACAGUCACAUGCUAUGAACCCAGGUCAUCCAAGCCGCUUCUUGGCCGAAACCAGCGUCGCAAGACACCUCAAGGACCCGGGACCUGGCAAAAAGUUUGCAGAUGAAGGUGUCGCCACCGAAGACAAAGUGCCAGCCGUCCUGGACGAUCAGUUCCGGAGGACGUCGAGCAUCACGCUGAUCCUGAGUCGAUUCUUCUACACUUUACGCCCUCUGACAGCUCCACCUGCCAUGCUCAGUGUCGCAUAUGCAGCUGCGACCUGUCACCCAGGCAGCGAGGGGAAAGGUGAUCUGCGGGCGAUACAGGUCACAGCAUUUACAGCUGUGGGCGAGUUUUCUGGGGACAACCACAAACGCCAGCACACUUGCCCCGCUUGCAUGAAUGGGCAGUGGCUGGCCUGGGGCAAGUGUGGGGCAGCUGGUGCAAGUCAGUCAGCGGUUCUAGCCAGUCAGCGGGCAACCGGGGCAAAAUCCAGUUCAUGGAUUAACACGGAUCGAUCAUGGGCGCAUGGCUGUCGGACUUUGCACGGUCAUGUGCUGGAACAGGUGUUUCGGGUGAUCAGGUUUGUGUCUUGGCAGCAUGCGGGCCACAUCAAGGCACUGUGCCCUAUCGCGCUCGAGUUGUUGCGACGUGGCCACGAGGUCAAGUUCGUGGUGCAUGAGGAGGUUUUGUCGCUUCUUCCGACGCCAUUGACAGCUUUGAGUGCAGGGCCGCUUCCUUGGUCCUGGGAAGAGGAGCGCCACUUCCGGCAGUCUUUGUGGGAUCCUUCGCCGUCCGACCCUGCUGAGCAGGACAAGAAUGCCUCACGAAAGGCAGAGCUCUCCGAAGCGUAUUUCAGCGGCAGUCAGCAGAGCUUGCUCUCAGGUCUGAACCGAAGUCUCCAGAAGCUGCCCCACAACCGGUGGCCAGCGCUUCUGGCAAUUGAUGUUUCCUCGGUGGGAGCCAUGGACCUUGCGGAGAAGCUUCAGUUGCGCUUCGCUGUCAUCUCCUCUUGGCCGGUAGGGCCCACACUUCAGUCACUUGGCGAGCCGGGUUUGGGGGAGCAAAGCUGGCUCCCUUCCGAACUCUUUGCCUUCACACAGUCAUCAGACCAGCAGUCUCUGGCCGAUCGCACGAAGCGCCUACUUGUCGGCUCUGCUCUACCGUGGCUCAUGUCGUGGGCCGGCUUCCAUGCACCGAGGAGGCAGUUGCGGGAGUCUCUUGGUCUGGGUGCGCUGCAGCUGCUAGAGGCGCCCAUCACAGAGGCGAAUGGAGGACGGCCACUCGUGGUGGUCCUGACGCACUGGGGCUUGGACCGGCCACGCCCGCUGCCCCCACGGGCUGUGCUGGUUGGCCCGGUCGAGGACUAUGCAGCCAAGCUUCGGCAGCUGCCAGAACUGAGCAGGCAUGUCGACGAGUGGAUGCAAACUGACAAUGUCAGUAUAGUUUACAUUUCCUUCGGCACUAACGUCAGGCCGAGAGAGAAGGUUGUCCGAACGCUACUGGAGGCUGCAGAGGGCUUGCAGGACGACUUCCGAUUCAUUUGGGAUGCACGUGAGGAGGAGGUCGAGGCGAGCAUCUUUGCGGCCAAGGCUCAUUCAGCUGCGUUGCCAGCCAACGUGCUUUUUGCAGCCGGGGUGCCGCAGCUUCGAGUGUUGGCCAGCGGCCGCAUCUCGAUCUUUGUCACGCACUGCGGCCUGAACUCUGUCCACGAGGCCUUGCACUUCGGGGUGCCGAUGCUGGGCCUCCCGUUUGUGGGCGACCAGAUGGUCACGGCCAGGCUUAUUGUAGAGAACGGAGCAGCGCUGCGGCUGCAUGUUCCCAAUCUUGAGGUGGCUCCCACACAGGAGGCCACGGCAUGCAGAAGUGUUCAGAACAGUCAAUCUCUCCAAUUCCCCUUCCACUGA